AUGCGUUUAAGCUUUGGAAAUGCAGAAGAAAUAAGAAGUUUCUCUGCUAUUUCUUCUACCUAUACCGUGUUACUGUUAGUUAAGGCUUACUGAGUUGCAAGAUUCACUUCAAAUUAUGCGUUUCGCUGAUCGGCUUCUCAUCAAAUCAAACGACGUCGCAGUUCCUUGAUUAUUUCCUUUUGUUGAUCCGUGGAAUCGCGCACACGGUGUUGGUGUGUGCUGUGAGGUAGAAAGAAGAAUCCUAAAUUGUGAGCAGCAUGAAUUACCUUCUUGGAGCUUUCAAGCCUGCAUGUAAUGUCGUGAUCACGUUUAACGACGGGAAGAACCGAAAGCAGGUCCCUUUUAAAAAAGAAAAUGGUCAAAUGGUUACAGUCCCACUUUUCCAAAGUCAAGAAAACAUUGCUGGGAAGAUUACAAUAGAACCAAUGCAAGGGAAGAAGAUUGAUCACAAUGGUGUAAAAGUUGAGCUCCUUGGACAGAUAGAGAUGUAUUUUGACAGAGGAAAUUUUUAUGACUUUACUUCCCUUGUACGAGAACUAGAUGUUCCUGGAGAAAUCUAUGAGAGGAAAACAUAUGCAUUUGAAUUUUCUACUGUUGAAAUGCCAUAUGAAACAUAUAAUGGGGUGAAUGUAAGGCUUAGAUAUGUGUUGAAAGUGACCAUUAAUCGUGGCUAUGCUGGAAGCGUAGUAGAAUACCAGGAUUUUGUGGUUCGCAACUAUUCUCCACCUCCACAAAUUAACAAUAGCAUCAAGAUGGAAGUUGGAAUUGAAGAUUGUCUGCACAUCGAAUUUGAAUACAACAAAAGCAAGUAUCAUCUGAAAGAUGUCAUCAUUGGCAAGAUAUACUUCUUACUUGUCAGAAUCAAGAUAAAAAACAUGGAUCUUGAGAUUAGGCGUCGAGAAUCCACAGGAUCAGGGACCAACACCCAUGUUGAGACAGAAACAUUGGCUAAAUUUGAGUUGAUGGAUGGUGCUCCUGUUAGAGGUGAAUCAAUUCCAAUCAGAUUGUUCCUCAGUCCCUAUGAGCUGACCCCAACACAUCGUAACAUUAAUAACAAAUUCAGUGUGAAGUACUUUUUAAAUCUUGUGUUGGUUGAUGAAGAGGACAGGCGAUAUUUCAAGCAGCAGGAAAUCACAAUGUAUAGGCUGCAGGAAGAAACUUCAUGAUUACUUAUCAUUCGGGGAGUGAGUAUUAUUAGGUUUGGUAACAAAUAAAAAAAAGAUUGUGAUGGACAUUGAAGACCUCUUAAAUCAGGGAAUAGUCUCGUGAAUCAUGUUCUCUAAGGUGUAAAAUGGCUUGGUAUAGCAUGCUUUGAAAUUCAUCACUUUCGGUCAUGUAUAUCGACAGAUCUCUCAUUCAUGUCUUGACAUAGUUCUGUAAUUUUUACUCCAUUGAGGGAAGCAUCUUAAGAAAUGUGUUGGAUCGUUGAUACCCAUGAGAAAGUGGGUGACUGAAUGUAUACUUGAGUGUGAUAUCUGUAGUACUUUGGUUUUUGUUAUCAACUUUUGCUUGGUUUACCUGAUGAACAUAAUGAUAUCCUUUUUCAAUUCUUUUGAACAGACAAAA